CAGAUGCGAGCGAGCGCAGCGACCGGGCGCUGAGGACCUGCCGCUCGCCGCCCACGUCCCGCCGCCUCGUCCCGCGUGCUCUCCGCCCCGCUCCCCUCCGCCGGGCGCCAUGCAUCCCGCGCGCCCCGCGCUCUGGGCGGCCGCGCUCACCGCCCUCACCCUGCUCCGCGGGCCGCCGGUGGCGCGGGCCGGCGCGGGCGCGGUGGGCGCGGGCCCCGUGGUGCGCUGCGAACCGUGCGACGCGCGCGCGCUGGCCCAGUGCGCGCCCCCGCCCACCGCGCCCGCGUGCACGGAGCUGGUGCGAGAGCCCGGGUGCGGCUGCUGCCUGACUUGCGCGCUGCGAGAAGGCGACGCGUGCGGCGUCUACACUGAGCGCUGCGGCUCCGGCCUCCGCUGCCAGCCGCGGCCCGCCGAGCAGUACCCGCUGAAGGCGCUGCUCAACGGCCGCGGGCUCUGCGUCAACGCCAGCGCCGCCGGCAGCCUGAGCGCCUACCUGCCCUCCCCGCCCGCUCCGGGAAACACCAGUGAGUCCGAGGAGGACCACAAUGCUGGGAGUGUGGAAAGCCAGGCUGUCCCCAGCACACACCGAGUGACUGAUUCCAAGUUCCAUCCACUCCAUACAAAGAUGGAUGUCAUCAAGAAAGGCCAUGCUAAGGACAGCCAGCGCUACAAAGUAGAUUAUGAGUCACAGAGCACAGACACCCAGAACUUCUCCUCUGAGUCUAAGCGGGAGACAGAAUACGGUCCCUGCCGCAGAGAAAUGGAGGACACACUGAAUCAUCUGAAGUUCCUCAAUGUGCUGAGUCCCAGAGGUGUCCACAUCCCAAACUGUGACAAGAAGGGCUUCUAUAAGAAGAAGCAGUGCCGCCCUUCCAAAGGCAGAAAGCGGGGCUUCUGCUGGUGUGUGGACAAAUACGGACAGCCCUUGCCGGGCUAUGACACCAAGGGCAAAGAUGACGUGCACUGCCUCAGUGUGCAGAGCCAGUAGAUGCCGCUGUGCCACGCCACGUAAGCCAAAGUUAACGUGGAGCUCAAAUACGCCUUAUUUUGCACAAAAGACUGCAACAACGUGAUCAGCAGCUGGCUACAGCCUUGAUUUAUAUUUCUUUCUCUCUCUUUUUGUGGUGAACUGAUUAAAAACAAAAACAAAAGAAAACACAGAAAACCAAAGUUUAGACAGAUUUUUUUGAAAUGCCUCUGGUCGUUUAAGUAGUAAACUUGAUCAUCUUUCUACUUCCCUAUAGUCAACAAAAAGCGGUUUGAAUUUUCCUGUUGCUUCCUAUGAAAACACUCACCUACUCCGGGCCGUGGAUGCUAUCUGCCCCCUCCCGUAACCACCCAGUAUGAGCUUCAAUGCUGCUGGCCAUCUGCCUUCUUGAUUUCAGAGGUUCUGUUGCUGAUAGAGAAAAACCCUCUUUCCAUUCCCUGUAAAUAAGUGCAGGCACUAUGGAGGAUGGGGAAACCCCUAACCAAGUCACCCGGACUUCUGGACAUGUACUCCUGAGGCUCACGGUCCUUACGGUGCCGUCUCUGAAUCGAGGGCCUGGCCCGCUAUCUGCAUGUGACCUGAUCUCCUUGGGAACUAUGGGAGAGAAUAGGUGAAGCCUCUCUUAUUGAAAAUGACCACGAAUGUUCUAGGGCACUCUGGGAGCCCAUAAAGACAAAGACAAGGACCUUCCUUUGUCAGGCAGCUUCCUGAAUGACUUGGCCUAGCAGAAGGCCCCAGGUGGGAGGAACAGUGAGUGUCAGCCUCCAAGUUCAGAGAUGUCAUAAAUAAUGGUACAGUUAGCUCUUCAGAUGACUCAAAAAAAAAAAUCACAACAGUGUUUUCUGGUCCAAUUUCUCAAAAUAAAGUUUAUUGUGGGGCAGUGCUGAUGGGGGGGGAUUUUCAAAAGAAAGGUUUGUUUUCCUCUUCCUAUCUAAACAGGAAAGAGAGCUGGCUUGUUGGAAAACUUGGCAAGAAUACAUAGAGAAUCACCUGUUUGUUAAUCUUGGGGUCCUUCUCAACUUUCUUUAUAAUUCACGCAUAUAUGCAGACAAAGUAUGUUCUUAAUUGUUAACAUUGUAUACGACAUAGCCCAAAUAUAAUAGAAUCUGUACUAGAUAAUCCUAGAUAAAAUGUUAGAGAAGCUAGGGAAAGUAACCACAGGCACGCCCAAGGAAAGGAGCCCGUGUCUGGAGGCUGGGCUGCUCUCCCCAAGGCCAAGGCCAAGGAGGUCUGGCAACACAGGGUGCAAGGAGACUGUACUGCAUCCCACAGGGUGGACAUGAACUGUACAGAGCUUUUCUUGAGAGCACAAAGGAAUCUCAAGACAUUCUGCCUGCCUAUCAGCUUUUCUUUAUUUUUUUAAUUAAGUUUUGGGGGAAAAUGUAUUUUUGAAAAGUUUGUCUUGCAAUGUAUUUAUAAAUAGUAAAUAAAGUUUUUAUCAUUUAAAAGAAAAAAAA